GAUUUUGUGUAUAAGAGAGUUUUUUCACAUGAGAAUUGGACUUUAUUAUUGGAUUUUUUUUUGUAAUACUAAAGUUUUGGGAAUUCAGUCUCUUUCUUGUUUAUGUUUAGUUCUACUAUGCACCCGUGUUUUAAUGUUGUUUUAUGGCUUUGGGUGGUACUUGGUACAAAUGUUCGAGAAUCAGUGGUAUAGAUAAUGGAGGGAUGCUAUACCAAUGAUGCUGGAAAGUAAAAAACAAAAAGAAAAACAUUUAGGUGUAUACAUUCAGAAAUUUUGUGACAUUCCAAAUUAUUAGGAAGUCUGACUUUGCUAAAGGCUAAAUCACAGCAUAUUUCUACACACUGGGAAAAAAAGCAAUAUCAAAUAUAAAUAGGAAGAUAAUCAGACCUCUCUCUCUCUCCCACACCAUUACACACACACACACACACACACACACACACACACACACACACACACACACACAGGCACAUACACACACACAGGCACACACACACAGGCACACAGGCAAGCACAGAUCGAGGCAGAUGCACAAGCGAGGCAGCAGUGAAACGCUUCACCGCAAUGGAGCAACGAUGACCAAGCUCAGAUUGGACACAUUUACAAGUUUGUGCAAGACAAAGCACACCGAAAAAAAGUGGCGUAAAUAUUGGAGGGUGGCGCGAAGUGAGCGGUGACUUGACUCAGCAUGAAUCCAACGACAAUCUUCGAUUGAUUCACACUACCGGAAAACCAAGAAAAUGUCAUGAGAAGACGCUGGUCACAAAUGCCAGACCGGCCUGCGCUCAUACUGCAUCUCAGUCCGGCAACAGUAUUUUCAUGGUUGGAACUGCCCGUCCCAACCUUCAUUACUGCCCUUGCAGACAUAGACUGAUGAUCACCAUUGCCAUGGGAGCAGUGCGAGUCAACAGAUACAGCAUUGUUUCCACGGACGAAGAUGCCCUGAAGAUCUCAGCUUUGGGCCUCCACAAUGGCCACAGUCCUCUGACUCAGCAGACCCUGACCGGGUCGUGCAUGCAGGCCGAGGAUGAAGGAGCAGGAAAAUAUCCUGCAGGCGAAGAAGAACGGGGGUCUUUGUCUCUGAGAGUGACGGAUGACUCAAUUGUCCACAACAGCUGCCAGGCUUCGCCGUCGUGCCGACACGCCGGCGUCAACCUGGGCACCGGUCGUUUGCGCAGCCGAUUUGUGAAGAAGAACGGCCAGUGUAACGUGGUCUUUGAUAACAUGGAGGAUAAGCAACGUCGCUACCUGGCUGACAUUUUUACCACCUGUGUGGACAUACGCUGGCGUUACCUACUGCUCAUCUUCACCGCCACCUUCCUUUUGUCUUGGUUGUUUUUUGGUCUGGUCUUCUGGGGAGUAGCGCUGGCUCAUGGAGACUUUGACCUUCACUUCCCUGUGAAGGAAGGAGACUCUCAGAGCAAGGCAGAGGACAGGCAGGACAAGUGGCGCCCCUGUAUCCUGCACAUCCAGGGCUUUAUCGGGGCCUUCCUCUUCUCCAUAGAAACACAAACUACCAUUGGAUAUGGCUUUCGCUGUGUGACCGAAGAAUGCCCAGUGGCUGUGGUGACCGUGGUGGUGCAGUCCAUCGUGGGCUGUAUUAUUGACUCCUUCAUGAUUGGCACCAUCAUGGCCAAGAUGGUGCGUCCCAAGAAACGGGCUCAGACUCUGCUCUUCUCACAUCACGCCGUCAUCGCCUUGCGAGACGGGAAGCUGUGCCUCAUGUGGCGUCUGGGGAAUAUGCGCAAGAGCCACAUUGUGGAAGCGCAUGUGCGCGCCCAGCUCAUUAAGCCCAAAGUGACGGCAGAGGGCGAGUAUCUUCCUUUGGAGCAGACGGACAUUGACGUCGGCUACGAUGACGGUCUGGAUCGGUUGUUUCUAGUCUCGCCACUUGUGGUGGUCCACGAGAUCAACAAGACCAGUCCUCUGUAUGACCUGAGCUGUGCCGACCUUCAGAAGGAAGACUUUGAGAUUGUGGUCAUCCUGGAAGGCAUGGUUGAGGCCACGGCGAUGACCACUCAAGCCCGUAGCUCCUAUUUGGCGAAGGAGAUCUUGUGGGGUCACCGCUUUGAACCGGUGGUCUUUGAGAAGGGGAACCGCUACCACGUGGACUACUCUCGCUUCCACAAGACAUACGAAGUGCCAACAACACCACACUGCAGUGCCAGGGAGCUCAGUCAAAAGGAAGACAACGGACGGCCACCCUCAUCCUCCACUUCCAGUUUCUCGCGGUCCCCAUCCCCCAUUGCUCCGAGGGCAGCCCGCCACCUCCUCGCCCUCCACUCCCCGAGCGCUUUCUGUUACGAGAAUGAGGUUGCACUUUGUUGUGGAGACGAUGAAGAGGAAGGGGAGGCAGGCAGCCUGGGGAUUAAAUGUGAAAGAGCAGCAAGUUUGCAAGAUGACCUUCCCGUGGGCUUUAAGGAGACAUUCGAAAAGGGGCAGAUGCUCGAGAUGCUAUGCGUGCUGGAGACCGAGAACCAGAUCGCUCUGGACAAACUGCAGCCCGGUCUACCUUUAUACAUCAGUCGGGAAUCUGGAGUCUGAAGAGGCAAGCGAAAGGCCAACAUUCCCUUUGAGCGUGUCCAACCAAAGCAUUGCACUAAUGGUCAAUUCAAGAGUCAAUUCACUUUUUGAACAUGUGAUGACAAGAAAAAAAUAGUUUUUGCAGGUGUGGUAUCAGCUUGUGUCUCGGUUAGCUCUGGUUUCUGGAACAUCUGUACAUUUUCAUCGGCAUUGAUCAACUGAGGCAUUGAUUAACCUCCAUCACCAAGCUCAUCUGAAAGACUUCCUUGUUUUUGUCACUAUAACAUGUGUAUGAUCUCUGAUGGAAUCAAGCUUUUGUUCUUGAUUUCACUAUUUUAUUUUAUUUUAUUUUAUGUAAAUACAGUGUGAUUUUAUUUCAAUAUGGAACGGAUCAAUUUAAUUCAGAUUCAUACAUCAGACACAGAUGCUAGAAAUAUGACAUGUUAGGGUGCUAUCACACCUGUAGUUCACUUUCUCCUGUGCAAAUCAGUCACUGGGUUUGUAAUCUUGGUCAUUGGUUUCCCUAGCUUUUUCAGUUACUCCUCAUAAGGUACAAAAACAAAAAAACAAAAAAACGAUCAAAACGACCUGAAAUACGACAAAAUCACAACAAACCGAGCGUCUUCAACCAAGUUAUUUUUGUUCAGUGGCAGGCACAGGGUUCUAAACAGGAACAAGAUUUGGUGUAUGUGCUGAAUACAUUUAACAAGCUCUAAUUGAGCCACCGUUACCAAGCCAUGCCAGAGUUUGUAUUGUCCAUUUAGAAUAUUUGAGAAAAGGAACCACACUGAGGGGUAAGGGAACAAACUAGAGUUUGUUUAAAACUGACCAAUGGCGCUCAGUUGAAAGCAACUAUCAUCAGGAGCUACAUUGUAUGUGUUUUGGCUGACAAAAUCAGACAUUUUUGAUGAGUGGUCCACCCAUUUCUAGGGGUCUCUGCUUGUUUGGCAUAAAUGGUAUCAUUGAUAUACGAUCAAAAGAAAUCACACCAGAGUUCAUUUUUAAUGGAAUGAAACCGACAGCUAUUUUGUGUUCGAGUGAGAGCACAUUCUUAAAGGAAGCAUGAAGCAUGUAUUCUCGCUGCGUAAAUCUAGUUUUUUUUCUUUUAACAUUACAAAAAGGAGAUGUCAUAAUUUGCAACAGCAGAAAAAAAAUAAUGAGUUAAGAAGUCAACUCCCAAAUUUUCUUUUCAAUAAUAUGUUCUAAGUGACUCACCUGUUUUCUGAAACUGAGCCAUAAUUGGUUGUUACCUGAGCUCGCCGCAACUGUGACCUCAUUGUCACUCAACAGCAGGUGGCAAAAUGGCCACUCCCUGAGAUGGACAAAAACAGGUGGAUUUUACUGCUUAACUCAUAUUCCACAAAUGCAAAAUUAAUCAGAAUGCCACGUUUAGACUAAUAAAGGUCCAUAGAACAUAUUGUGAAGUAAAUUUUUGUGUUGACUUCCCCUUUAAGAUAGAAUUCAAGUAACCUUAAAACAUGUACUGUACAGAAGAGGAAAAUGCACUUUAUUCUUUUAUCGGUAGAUACAAACACAGUGUGUUGUUUUAUAUGAUUAAACACCUAAUAAAAACAGUAUUUACUGUUGCAUUAUAAUUAUACGGCUUGUCCUUGCUUGCACAUUUUGCACACCACACUUUCUUAAAGGUGGAAGGAUCCACUUUACCAUUUAUGUCCACGUUUUGACUUUCGGUUUGUUUGAAAAAUGAUUGAAUCUGGGCAAGCACUGAAGCGUGCAAGAUUUGUUGUGACAUGUGAAAUAUUGAAAAUCAAUCCACACAUUAUUAUAGUACAGCAUUUUGUUCAAUGCAGUGCUUUCUCCUGGUGAUGGAAUAAAGUGAAUAAAGUAUUAAAAGAUAUGUUUUGUAACAUACAA